CAUGUCCCCUAUGUUGUUCUAGAGCAAAGGAUUCGCCGAGAGCCUUCGCCAUCAGUACCAGCCAUCGCCAAUUCACCCGUCAGUUCCACUGCCUAGCGCCGACUGCCCAGUUGCCCACUGCCCAGCACCGCGUCGCCGACUCCCUCAAUCCCAAUUGAAUCAGCUCCACCCCUGCCACCGGCAGUCAGUAGCAUCUUCACCGCAGGGCUUCAGACGACCUCAAUAACCUCAUCUCCUGUGCCUUCAGCGCCAACGAGCAGUGACUACCAACAGCGGAGCAGAAUCAAAUUAUUGGGUGAUUACCGUCAUUCCAGGUGAUCGCCUAAUCCCUUUCACCUGAUUUAAUUUCCCAUGUCUGCAAAAACUGAUUUCACUUUUAUUUUAAUUUUAUCCAUAUCUCAAACUGAUUUCACUACUCAUUGUUUGUUUUUGCUUUUUAAGGGGUUUGCUUUGUUGUAUAUAUUUAAAAACAACAUAAAAAAUUUAACAAAGCACAUCACUACGAUAACAUAAAAAAAGAGGAGGUUAUUUCUUACCAAGAAAGAGAGCUCGUAACAGGCCUCCUCCGGGACCCCAUAUACCCGAAUCCCAGGGAAAGGCCGGGGGAGCUGUUGAGCCGGCUUGACCGGGGAAGGAAUGCUGCGGUAAUGUCCCUCCAGCUUCCGGUAGCUUUUGGGGAUUAAGAAGACGACGAAUGUGCCUGAUGAUUUUGAAAAAAAAUAAAAUACUUCAUGGAUUAAUUGUAAUCUUUCAAAUUUUAGAUUAAAACAUUGAGAAUAAUGCGGAGUAAAACUUUUUAUUACCUCUCCUUGAACCUGAAUUGAUUCAGGUAUCUUUAUGCCCUGAACACUCCAAGAUUCCAGCAAGAUUGACCAUAUCCUCACUUAUUCCGCCAUCUUCGUCAUGUCUAAAGACCAAAUAGUCUGCUCCAAACUCCAAUGUCUGUCCGCCAUUAAUGGCAGAAAAACUCGAGUUCUUCUGCCGUUAAUGACGGACAGACUUUGGAGCAGGCUAUUUGGUCUUUAGACAUGACGAAGAUGGCGGAAUAGGUGACGAUAUGGUCAAUCUUGCUGGAAUCUUGGAGUGCUCGGGGCAUAAAGAUACUAAAUCAAUUCAGGUUCAGGGAGAGGUAAAAAUAAGUUUUACUCCGCAUUAUUCUCAAUGUUUUACUCUAAAAUUUGAAAGAUUGCAAUUAAUCCACGGAGGAUUUUAUUUUUUUCGAAAUCAUCAGGCAUCUUCAUCGUCUUCUCCAUUCCAAAAAGCUACCGGAAGCUGGAGGGACAUUACCGCAGCAUUCCUUCCCCGAUCAAGCCGGCUCAACGGCUCCCCCGGCCUUUCCAUGGAUUCGGGUCGAUGGGGUUCCGGAGGAGGCCUGUUACGAGCUCUCUUUCUUGGUAAGAAAUAACGUCCUCUUUUUUUAUGUUAUCGUAGUGAUGUGCUUUGUUAAAUUUUUUAUGUUGUUUUUUGCUUGGAUAAAAUGUUAUUGCUUUUUGCUUCUUUUUCGGUCAUGGUUGUUGUUGGAUUAUGAAGCUCAUUGACUUCAUUGUGUAUGUGUUUGGACUCUGGUUUAUGAUGUCCAUUGUACUACAUUUUUCCACCAGAAUUGAAAUCUGAAACCAGUUGUUUUGGCUUGGACUCAAUCCUUUGAGUCUAAACCGAUUUGAUCCAUACGAUUUCGUUUCAGUGUGGUUCGGUCCAGUUUUAGAUCUAUGAAACUGCAAUCUACACUCUAAAUCCCAAACAGAAUUUGAGAUGGAGAAAUCCGGAGAUCCUACCAAUAAUUCGCGUCCUAACUCUAUAGCGAUCAGUUUGCCCUUUGUGAAAGAGAUGUAUUUGAGCGAUUGGUGGCUGAUAAAAGUCUCUGAACCGGGGCAAAUAGGAGUAGCAGGAUUCACUUUCAAAGAGUACUGUUUCUCUUCUAUCAGUGUCUAUUUCCUUCUUUUUCGUAAUCUAUUCGUGGAACAACUGCUUGUUUUGUUUGUGUUUAUGCUCUUGUUUGGAGCUGGUUCGGUAUCUAGUCAUUGCUUCUGAUGAAUAGCAAUGAAGAAUACAUGAUUUUGGCCUUCCAUUCUGAUAGAUAUUUUUGUGCUCGGUUUUAUACGAAUUGCUAUAUAUUACAUGCUGCCUUCAUUGUCAAGACUCAUUUUGGACAAUGUUUUAGCUUCAGAGCUAUAAUGGACUACAUCAAAAGAUGGCAUUUUAACCUUCCUUGUUUCUUGUUUCUUACUUUGCAUGAAGUUUUAGGCAGUAAAUGCACCAAAGGUCUUAGAGAAAUGGUCCCUCUAAUAUUUAUGGGGUAAAGUUGUGUAACCUAGAUACAGGUUUACUUAGACACUUCACAGGAGCUCUCUUCAUAAUAAUUGCAGUCCUGUACCGUAAGAUAUUGGAUUUGUGAUAAACUAUACCUUCCUCUUUAGGAAUGCAAUGGGAACCCUGUUUAGUAUUCUUGAAUAAGGUUUUAACUUGUAA